AGCGUAUCAUGUCGACACUCAUAAAACAUUCCUAAACUUGACUCUUCCAUCAACCGAGACAACCGUCCCAGACGAAGCACUAAAGCAGAACAACAUACACGUCAGGAAUAUUCAAGAUGAUUAUAGAGCUAGCUCUCUUCGCUGUUACAGUCUUCUUCAUUUAUCACUUCUUUUUCGAAUUUCGUGGAAACAACUUGCCCCCUGGUCCAGCACCAUGGCCUAUCAUCGGCAAUGCGAAUCUGCUAAGCCAAGAAAUGCACCUAAGCUUGACAAAAGUGGGUGAGCAGUACGGCAAGAUCUAUCGCAUCUAUCUUGGCCACAAAUUAAUGAUUGUCUUGAGUGGCGAUGCCAUCAAAGAAGCUCUCGUAAGACAGCCAAAAGACUUCGCUGGACGUGUAGAACCUCCAUUUAUUGUCAAAAGAGGCCCAGGUCUGCCCUUGAUGGAUUAUGGUGCAAAGUGGAAGCUUUACCGUAAACUGGGGCACUCAGCCAUUAAAAUCUACGGAGAGGGACGCUUACAAGAGGUCAUUUCAAAGGAAGUCGACGAACUCUGCAAAAGAUUGGAGGCUGAGGUUGGAAAGCCUCUGGAUAUUGCAAUUCAAUUCAACAUGGCUGUCACCAAUGUGAUUUGUACUAAGUUACUUGGUCAGAGAUAUGAAAUUGAUGACCCGGAGUUUCUUAAGAUUUACAAUAUUAACGACCAGAUCACGAGAGUCAAGUUCAUCGGCGCCUCUUUUCAAAAGCUUUUUCCUUUUCUGAAGUUCUUUUUGCCACAAGACGAGCAAACAAAACUGCUUGAAAAAAUGGCGAAUGAGCGAUUCGAGUUUUUGAGUCAAAAAUUUGUUGAGCAUAAAAAGAAAUUUGAUGGCGAGACGAUCCGUGACUACAUAGAUGCCCUUUUGUAUACCAAACAACAGGCUGAGACGGAGGAUCACGCCAACCAGAAAUAUCUUGAUGAUGACACCAUUGUGACUGCAGGUAUAACUUCUCUCUUUACAGCUGGUUCUGAAACCACUUCUACUACCCUCGGUUGGGCCAUAGCCUACUUGCUACACAACCCUGACAUCCAAGAACGCCUUUAUAAGGAAAUCCAUGACGUCAUUGGCAGUGAUGAGUUCCCCAAUCUGAACCAAAAGAAAAUGUUGCCGACACUGGAAGCGUUUACUGCCGAAACCCAACGCAAAGCCAAUCUGGUGCCAUUGGCAAUUCCACACAAGACAACAGACGACACAGUUUUGGAAGGGUACAAUAUUCCAAAAGAUACUACUGUCAUGGCGAACUUGUGGUCCCUUCAUCAUGACCCCACCAUCUGGCAGGACCCCUUCAAGUUCAAUAUUGACCGAUUCUUGGAUGAAGAAGGCAAUUUCAAGUCACCAGUGGGAGGAACGUUCUUGCCAUUUGGAGCAGGUCCACGUGUAUGUCUUGGUGAAGUUCUUGCCCGCUCUGAGUUGUUUCUCUUUCUGUGUCGGCUUCUGCAGCAGUUUAAGUUUGAGACUCCACAAGGAUGUGAGCUACCUUCGUUGGAAGGACAUGCAGCUGCUGUUUUGCAUCCAAAGCCGUACUUGGUUUGUGUCAAAAAACGUUAGUGAAAAGGACAGAUGUAGACUUUACUUUGAUUGCAUAAAUCCCUUGCUCUAGAUUCCAAAGUAACUCAAUUUGAAGGAUAAAACAAUACAAUUGCAAUUCUUAGGAGAGUAGAAUUCUAUUCAUUCGUUUGUCUUUUCCACAUUUAGCUGCAUUAGGAGUCUAUAGUAAAUAUGAACAGCAGUAACAACAGCCUAGCAGUGGUUAAUAGUAAUACAAUAACAGUAGUGCAUAUACUGGACUAAAACUUUAGUGGAGAACUAUAUAUGAUCAAUUAACGUCAACGACAAAGGCAAAAAAAGUUGUUUAGAACAGAUGA